AUGUAUUCUACGCGGAGGUGGCUUCGAGACGUCGAAGCCAACGAAGUCUUCGCCCAAGAUGUGGUACCCACCCACGACAACAUUUAUCUAACGACCGAAUACGACAUCCUUGUCAUCUUUGAAGCUGUCCGGCAGGGCCGGCUUCCACUAAUCCACCGUCAUCUGAAUGAGCGAGAAAGCAUUAAUCUCGUUCGCCCGAACGCAGCCUUCGUUUUCGAAGAACAGGGACAUAUCAAGCGGUGGACGGACGGAAGAGCUUGGUCCGGAACUCAUCGGUUUGGGCGCGUUUUUAUGUAUUUUGAGUUGGAAGGUGUGACAAUGUACGAGUCACGGAAAAACGGCGGUCCUAGGGCCAGAGGGCAAGCAGACGAUAAAGUGGGCCGCAGUCGCAAUCGAGGUCUUCCACCGAAAGUCGGCGGUCUGCACAAGUACUCAUACUCUGCGCUCGCGUUCGAUCCAGACCAUCCAAACUACCCCCGCAAACGCUAUCAUAUAACCUGGUACAAAUCGCCGGGAGAUGGCCCCGGAAACGCCCUCACGGUGCAGACCGAUCCGAUGCUACAGACCAUUGUCCUCCCACCGAAUCUUUGGGUGGGAACAGAUGAAACGCCUCUGCCAUCUGCCCAGAGCAUGGUCCCUUUUGGCGAUCGCACGCCUCACGCAGCCGCCAUUCCAUCAACAAGCCGCGGUCCACGCCAACUGACGUCUCCCACCACCAUGCGCCAAGUUGGCUCCUCUGGAUCACGUCGGCCCGUGUCACCCAUCAACACCCGCCAGCCCAUCUCACCUAUUGACACGCUUCAACCCAUUUCGCCUAUUGGUGCCCCACUCCAACAGAACACUCCCACUCUCUUAUCGCCUAUCUAUUCGCCUGUCACGCAUCUCACGCUCCCGCCUUUAUCCAUUUCUUCACCAAACAAUCCGACUGUGACGCUUCCGGCAUCCAUCGCUUUCCCAACGGAUUCUAUCUUUCCAUCUGUAUCUCCGGUGAAGGGGCCUACGACACUUCCUUCUUUUGGAGAAGUUUUGGGUCGUACUGGCGCCCCGAGCGUGUCCUCUAGUCGACCGAGCACCGGGCAACAGAGUCGCCCCAGUUCUGGUCGUAGCCACACGACACAGUGA